UGCCACCGUCGCCCAUCUCCCGGCCGAGCCCUGCCCUCCGCCGGGCCCAGCCCGGGAGGGGGGUCCCUCCGCCCGGUGGCCGCGGCCCGAUGGUGGGCUCCGAGCGCGAUGAGCCGCCCGUCCUCCGCCGGCCCCCCUGCCAGCAAACCCUGUGCUAAGCAGCAGCAGCAGCAGCUGCAGCAGCUGCAGCAGCAGCAGCAGCAGCAGCAUCCUCUGCAGCAGCCCGGCCCGGCCCCCGCCACCCUCUCGGCCGCUGGCAGCUCCUCGUCGUCGGGCCCCGGGGGUGGCGGAGGCCCGGCCUCGCCGCAGCACCACGAGCUCACCUCCCUCUUCGAGUGCCCCGUCUGCUUCGACUACGUCCUGCCCCCCAUCCUGCAGUGCCAGGCCGGACACCUGGUCUGUAACCCAUGCCGCCAGAAGCUGAGCUGCUGCCCGACGUGCCGGGGCGCCCUGACCCCCAGCAUCAGGAACCUGGCCAUGGAGAAGGUGGCCUCGGCCGUCCUCUUUCCCUGCAAGUAUGCCACCACAGGCUGCUCCUUGACUCUUCACCACACGGAAAAGCCGGACCACGAAGACAUCUGUGAAUACCGCCCCUACUCUUGCCCAUGCCCCGGUGCCUCCUGCAAGUGGCAGGGAUCCCUGGAAGCCGUCAUGUCCCACCUCAUGCACGCCCAUAAGAGCAUCACCACCCUUCAGGGAGAAGACAUCGUCUUCCUGGCCACGGACAUUAACCUGCCAGGCGCGGUCGACUGGGUGAUGAUGCAGUCCUGCUUCGGCCACCAUUUCAUGCUGGUUUUGGAGAAGCAAGAGAAGUACGAGGGCCACCAGCAGUUCUUUGCCAUCGUGCUGCUCAUCGGCACCCGCAAGCAGGCCGAGAACUUUGCCUACAGGCUCGAGCUCAACGGGAACCGGCGGCGGCUGACGUGGGAGGCCACACCCCGCUCCAUUCACGACGGCGUGGCCUCCGCCAUCAUGAACAGUGACUGCCUCGUCUUUGAUACAGCUAUAGCCCACCUCUUCGCGGAUAACGGCAACCUGGGGAUCAAUGUGACCAUUUCCACCUGCUGCCCGUGACGCGCCUGUGGAGGGAAGGAGCCCAAGGGUUCUUGGGGCCUAGCGGUUCUUGUCCUGUAUUAGGCGUUUUUCAGAAAUGCAGCAGGGCCCGGCUAGGCCUUCCCCUGUUGGAAUCUGUCAUUAGCCGACGUUUCCUGACGGUCCCCUCCCCUCUUUGAUUUGGUCAACAAGUCAAGCCUCUCUGGCAGCGUGAGAAUGAGGGGUUUUGGCCUGGUAACGUUGUGACGGGAGUUUGUCUAACCUUCCCUUAAAAUCUCCGGCUUCUGGGGCAGCUGCCCGCCUCUGUCAGAGCCUGAGGCCUGCACUAGAGGAGACCCCGAAAGAACCUCUGAGGGUGUGAGCCAGCAGGGGCUGGGGUGGGAGGGGAGAGGGUCUCCGGGCUCCUCCCUGACUCCAGCGGCUACUUCAGUCGUUGUCAGGGGAGGUUUAUCGGCUUUAACCUUCAUUCAAAACCAAGCCGUUCGAGAUGAGAGGGGCGGAGGGGAGUGUCGCAAUUUAGGGAUUUUACAGAAGGGGCCAGAUCUCUGCGCUGAGGGCCUCUGGGUACUUUGAUGAGAAUCCUCUUCUGAUCUGAGCCACUUAGCCAAUGAAAAUCAACAACUUUCAGGUCACCUUUCUGUAAGGUGGGCAAUGAGGCGGCUCGGAGAGCAAGAGGUGUAUGUCCAACAGAGUUCUCCAUGGGUUGGAAUCUGAUCAUAUGCUAGGUUAGGCGGGUUUGUUUACACGUGGCUUCCCCUGGAGACACACUUGACUAUCGAUAUCGUCAAAGAUUAAUAUAGUGGAAAAAGCUUUAUGGCCAAUGUCCUGUUCUUGCUAUUUAAGUUUUGUUGCCAUAUUCACUUUAGUUUUCUAAUAAAUAUUUUGCAAAAAGCA